CCAAUAUAUAAACUAGCAUUUUGAUGUUAAUUUUGGCACUCAAAAAAUAUGGAAUCCCAUAGUGUGGAGAGAAUUGAGACUCAAAAUCAGAUUCCACAAAUUAUGGAGCCUUGUGAAGGAACCUCUUUCUUUAGAACAUGUUUCAAUGGUAUUAAUGCAUUAUCAGGUAUUGGAAUAAUAUCAGUACCCUAUGCACUUUCACAAGGAGGAUGGUUAUGUUUGAUGCUAAUUUUUUUAGUAGCAAUUAUAUGUUGUUACACAGGAAUACUUUUACAAAAAUGCAUGACUGUUUCACCAUCAAUCAAUACAUAUCCUGAUAUUGGUGAAUUUGCUUUUGGUAACAAAGGAAGAAUCUUGAUAUCAAUUUUCUUAUAUCUUGAACUAUACUUUGUUGCAAUUGAAUUCCUCAUAUUAGAAGGUGACAAUUUGCAAAAAUUAUUCCCAAAUGCAAAAAUUCAUUUUGGUUGUGUUAAAAUUGUUGGAAGGGAAGUAUUUGUUUUAUUAGUUGCUAUUGUAAUAUUGCCAACAACAUGGUUGAAAAGUUUAGGUUUAUUGGCUUAUGUUUCUAUUGGUGGAGUUUUGGCUUCAAUUGUUUUGGUUUUUUCAAUAUUUUGGGUUGGUGCAAUUGAUGGUAUUGGAUUUGAAGAAAAAGGUGUGAUUUGGAGAUGGGAUGGAUUGAUAAGUGCAAUAAGUAUGUAUACAUUUUGUUAUUGUGGUCAUGCUGUUUUCCCAACAAUAUGCAAUUCCAUGAAGGAUAGGAGCCAAUUUCCCAAGGUGAUAAUAUCUUAUUGAUAAACAUGUAUUACUUUAGUUUCAGUUUACGUGGUACUUUUUGGGCAUAAUACAUAAAUGUGUCUUUUAACUUGGCCUCAUUUUACGUUUAUGUCCUUCAACUUAGGGUAUGCACAAGCAGACACUUAAACUUGUAUAAAGUUGAACA